UGGCUCCUAUCUUUUGUAAAAGAUAAGUUAAGAUAAGUUAAGAUAAGAUAUUUUUGGUAUCUUUUUGGUAUCUGUUAUCUUGUGUCAAAUUCAGUUAAAAUUAAGUAUCUUUAACUUUAGGGUAUGAAAAUCAAUGGUAACUUUUGCCCUAAAAGAUAAGAUACUUAAGAUCCCAUCUAGCGGUAGAAAAAUGAAUUACUUUGAGGGAUGAAAUUAGAAAAUUUUAAGGCCAAGGCUGUCACUAUCAGACAGACUUCAGACUUCAGAUUCAGGAGUCCUGAAUUUAUUGUUAUCACAUUGCGUGUGAUCUAGUGUUUGCAAAUUCAUCCCAAGAAAUUCAGCAAUUUGGCUAUUAUUGGUAUUCGUUUUAUACUGAUACUGUAUAAUCUAUAUACAGCAGUGUUUGUUAUGUUAUCUCCCUGUCGCUGACUUGCUGUUGGAACUUGGAAUAGUGAAUUAUCACUAUCAGGGCAUUGUGAACCUCAGUAGCCAUCCUAAGAUCCUAUAGGUCCUACAAGUCAUAUACUGCCAUAGCCAUGGCAUCCAGAGGAAACAGGGCAGUAGGAAGAACACGGGGAUCGACAGCUUCAAGAGGUCGAGUCAGAAUCUCUGUGGAACCGGGAGAAGAAAACCUUAUCGAAAUCGUAAAUGAGAUUCCUAUCUCGCAUGCUCAACAGCAACUAUUGGAUGAGGAAAGGGAAGAGAGAGAUGAUGAAGCAAUAAUGGAUGAUGCUGAGAAUAACACCACAGUCAGCAAAGCUACUGAGCCUCUACCUCCGCCCGGAAAUCCCAUACCAAUAUUUACUGUUCAGUCCUGGAAGUCAAAGUGGAGAAGAGAUUUCUUCACAGAUUGGCGUUGGGCAGAAAAAAAGAAAUGCACUGGCCAUCAAGUUUGGGCUCGAUGCAAAACUGGAAAAUGCCAAACAAACAAAAAGCCACACUACUACGUUGGUGAACUUACUUCAUUUUCUAACUUCGAGAAGCAUCUAAGUCUCUGUCAUUCUGAAGAAUACAGCAAAUACAAGAAACUUAAAAGUGUGAAUGAUUCCAGUUCGAGCCAAGCAACCCUACACACAUUUCAACAGUUUCGAAUGACCAAAGACCAACAGAAGAAAAUUGAUCUUGAUCUUGGUUACGCUGUAGCGAAAGACAAUAUCCCAAUCAACAUUUUGCAACGGCCGAGCUUUCGACAAUGGAUUCACUCAGCAGUGCCUGGAUACAAACUUCCAGGAAUCGAAAGAAUGAGAUACAAAAUAAUACCCGACAUUUUUCACACAACAAGAGAUAAAUUGAUGAAGAUCAUCAAGGAAUCUACGUCGUUCACAAUCAUUCUCGACAUUUGGUCGUCGAAAUCUAUGAUGGGUUAUAUCGUUUUACCUGCCAUGCCGUCACCAAAACAUUCGAGCGAUACACCCUCUUUCUUGGUGUAAAAAGAAUGAUCGGUCGGCACAAAGCUGAAAAUAUUUUAGCGGAAUAUGAGCAAUUGCUUCGUGAUUGGGAAAUCGAUCGUGUGACAGUGACCUUUGCGUCACUAAGCCCCUCGAGUAUUGGAAAUCUAAUCAGUGUCGUUUUCCAAUACUAAGCGAAAUCGGAAGAGAUGCUGUUAGCGUUGCAGCAUCAUCAGGAUCUGUUAAACGGUCUUUUAGUGUGGCUUCGGAUAUGUUAUCAGCAAAACGCGCCGCCAUGAAACCAGAUCUCUUCAUCAACUUGAUGCUUAUCAAGUGCAACGCAGGGCUUAAAGUUGGUUUACGUGAUGCUGUGUAAAACUGUAAACUAAAAGUAA